GCUGUGAAGGUUACAAGUGACGUUUGCGCAAGACGAGAUCUCGUCCAAGAUAUAUAUCCAGUAGGGCCAUGACUCGCAGGGCUCGGACUACCCUAAUUAUCCAUUCCAAGGCGUUGCAGCAUUCUCCUGCUCUUUUGCAAUCCUUCCGCAACCUGCCCAGUCUGAACCAGGAUUAGCAAUUUCCCGAUUGGUUAGUCCAGAACCAACGAACGAGUAGAGGAUCUCGACCUUCGAAUAGGAUGCAGGGUAUCCGAUAUCAAUACUCAAAACUAUACGGUGAUUUCGUUCAAGACCCAGAGCUUGCAAAGUUUCGUCGAUAUCUGGAUUACUGGUCUUGGAUGUUAUACAAUGAGAAUUGGGAGAUCGAGCAGAAGAUCCGAGAAUGCAACGAGAUCGUCGCAAACAUUCAUAGUGUACCUCCGACUCGCAGCGUCUACACGUUAAUGGACUAUCCUCAAACCUACGUGAAAAAGCAGGAUCCAACACUGGAGUCGAAAAUCGAAGACUUGAAAAAGUUGAUCAGGCGAUACGGAAAGGACCUUACCCUCGCCCACGCCAUUGCCAACUUGCCUAGUCAGCCCGAGAUAUGGGCCAGACAUUUCUCCGAGUAUACAGAAGCAUUUCAAGAUGGUCGUUUCGGGCCGACAAACGAGGAUGCUACCGUAUACAGUCAAGUCCCCUCGCAUGCGGAUACUUGCUCCCUGAAAGCCAGCGAAGUAGAUCAGCAAGACCACUUAACAAGCUUCGCAAUCCGUCAUCUCAAAUCGAUCAACAUACGCCUGCGAAAGUGGAUCGCUCGCGGUUCAAAGGAACGGUCCGAGGAGGAAGGAGCCGCACCAGAGCAGUUUGUUGGCCUCGAAAAGAUUGUUAUGGUCGCCAAUGUGUUCGCUGGCAUCUAUGUUCCUGUAUUCUUUGCCGCAUGCCUCGGGGUUCUCAGCAGUAUUCAGUCUGAGAAAUGGCGCAUCGUUGUGCUCGGUGCAUUUGGAUUGAUGCUUACCGCAUUAUUGAUUUUGUGCGUUCCGACGUUAAAGCGGAGUGACAUGUUCGCAAUCACAGGCGCCUUCUUUGCCGUGGGUGGAAUAUUUGUGGGGGCGAGGAGUAUGGAUUGACAGUAACGGAUACUAUAAGGUUGGUGUGAGAGAUGGGGAGUGAUUGCGAGUGGCGGUUGUGACGUCGCUGAGGCUCGUGCAUGGCAUCGGGCCUUUCUUUCACCCUUGCGUACCAAUGUUGACCUAGCUAAAUAUAGAUACGAUUCAUCCAUGCUCGAGUACUUUCCCGCGUACACCAAAGAGUAGGUCUGCUCUGUACUCAUGUCUGCCACUGUUUAGGAUCAGGAGUCGCCUGUAUCUACUCAGGUAGGUACUUUCUUAAUUUAAAUAUUUCACU